CUCUACGGAAUUCGACCUAAGCUUGUUGUCUUGGACUUUGAUACAUGGUUGUUGAGGUUUCAGGGAUGGCUGGUAGGGAAGUUCGAGAAUACACCAACCUCACCGACCCAAAAGACAGGAAAUUGGGGAAAGGAAAGGAUAAGAUUGAUGACGAAGAUGUCACUUUCCAGCGGAUGGUGGCAAAGAUGCAGGAGGUUGCUGGAGAACGGGGAGGUUACCUUCAUGGGAGAGGGGCUUUGGACAGUGAUGAUUUGCUCUAUCUGAAGGAACAGAUGGAAGCUGAGGAGGAUGCUGAGCGUCUUCUUCGCCGCACUGAGAAGCGGGCAUUUGCAGCCUUUAAAAAAGCUGCAAGUUUAGCAGAUUCUUCACCUGCCUCUGUACCUUUGCCACUGCGUGUAGAGCCCAAGCCGAAGAGUGGGAUCAGGCAACAAGAUCUUCUAAAGAACAUUGUGGAGAUCAGACCGAAGCGACACAGAGUAUCAAGUGAGUCAAGCCCUAACAGUGGAAAUCAAUCUGCCACAGUUAAUGUGGCCUUGACUUCAACGAAUGGGAAAAAGGAAUCAAUUCCAGAUAAAAUGCUUCUUCCAUCAAGGCCAAGCAAAGGAGAAGUAGUGGAUACCAAACCAGAGAAUUCUGUUAACAGCUUACUGGGUUUAGCUUAUGAAACUUCCGAUGAAGAGGAAGUAUGAGUAGGGAACAUAUGGAUCUAUACUGUUGCAACUUUGUGUCUUUAAUCUUUGUUUGUUGUAGUUUCAAUGUUUAUAACAUACCGUUUCUUAGAGAG